GGUUCAACCGGUUCAACCAGCAUUCAACUCAACUGGAUCAUCGCUCAAUGCCUGGAGCGUCUGAGGUUUUUCGGGCUCACGUGCAAUCUGUUUGAUCGCCGGGACGUAACAAACCGUUCUUUCUUUUCUUCCCGAGUCCGCGCGUCUGCGAUGGUGACACUGAGCGGCCGGCAGCUUUCGCUGACCCUACUGCUGUCUUUUAUGUGCGGUGCGGUCGUCGGGUACAAACUGAAGGCCCUGAAGAUCCACUACCUGAAACGGCGGCGCGACCGGCUCGCCGCGAAACUGGCCAACGCGCAGCAAAAGUUGGAAGGAGAGAUAAUCUCUAGAACAAGGUACUGAUAGCGACCGGUCACCUGAGCAUCAUCAGGUCCGGCCAAACUGCUCGUAAACCAUGUCGGCUGUGACUCCAGUGAUUGUGGUCCAUGGAGGGGCGGGCAGCGUGUCUGCAGCUAUCAUGACUGACAAGUUGAAGGUGUUGCGGCAAGCUGUGGACGCGGGCUUUGCACUGCUACAAGCUGGGCAAGACACUGCGGCACUGGAUGCUGUGGAGGCUGCAGUUUGCGUCAUGGAGGAGCAUUCAUCCUGUAAUGCAGGCUACGGGUCCUCCCUGACCUUGGCCGGCGAAGUGGAGAUGGACGCCCUUAUCAUGGAGGGAACCCAGAUGAAGGCCGGUGCCGUGGGGGCCGUCCGGAGAGUCAGGCAUCCCGUCACGCUCGCAAGGCGCAUCAUGGAAAAGACGGACCACGUGUUUCUGGUGGGUCACUGGGCAGACGACUUUGCAGCCGAGGUCGGCGAGCCUCUCGUCGACAACCGGUCUCUGGUGUCUUCCAGAGCUGUGGAGAGGCUCGAGGAACACAAGACUUUCCUCCACACAGUCAAAGAGUACAAGGACGAGAAGGACCACGACACGGUGGGGGCGGUUGCGGUGGACUCGCGUGGGCGUGUGGCGUGUGCGACUUCGACAGGCGGCCUGACGGGGAAGCGACCGGGCAGGGUUGGGGAUAGCCCCCUGGUGGGGGCCGGGGGCAUUGCGGACGACGUCCUGGGUGCAGUCUCUACCACGGGGCACGGAGAGGCGCUCAUGCGCUCCUGCCUCGCGCUGCGUGCCACGCAGCUCUUGGAACGAGGUCUGAGUCCGCAAGAGGCGGUGGACGGUGCUCUCAAGUUCAUGCGCGAGCGCACUCAGGGUUCGUGCGGAGGAAUCAUCUUGGCCACGCCGGCUGGCGCGGUGGCGACCGGGUGCACCACCGAGAUGAUGCCCUGGGUGUGUCGCACCAGGGACACCCUCCGCUGGGGGACCGUUCCCGGAGAAAACCACACCGAGCCAGUCUAGCCGCCAUUGCACAAGCCAUCGACAGUUUGCUAAGAGCGUACUCAAAGCCCAGCCGACCCAAUCCGACUGCUAUUUUGUUUUUGUAUAAAGUGCUGGGAUGGGAGGACG